CCGCCGCGGCCACCGCGCGCAGCUCGUCAGGGUUGGCUCUCGCGGAGCACACGGCCUAUAAACUGUGCCCCCUCUCUCGGAACAAUACAUCAAGCAAACACUCAGCGACACAACAACAAUCAGAAACUGUACUAGCAAUCAUCUAGCCGAUUCCUUGCCUGUUGCAGCAUCUGUAGCUUCCUUCCGUCCGCGGCUGAUUAAUGGCGACCAUGAUGGCCAUGAGCUCCUUCGCCGGUGCCGCCGUCCUGCCGCGCGGCUCGGCAGGCCGCCUCGGCGCCAGGUCUCUACCAGCGCUGGGCCGGCGCGCCCUCGUCGUCAGGGCCCAGACCGAGGGCCCCAGCGCACCACCGUCAAACAAACCCAAGGCGAGCACCUCGAUCUGGGACGCGCUCGCAUUCAGCGGCCCUGCGCCGGAGCGCAUCAACGGGCGCCUUGCCAUGGUAGGCUUCGUGACGGCGCUUGCAGUGGAGGCAGGGCGCGGCGACGGGCUACUCUCGCAGCUCAGCAGCGGCACCGGGCAGGCGUGGUUCGCCUACUCUGUGGCGGUGCUGUCUGUGGCGUCGCUGGUGCCGCUGCUCCAGGGCGAGAGCGCCGAGGGCAGAGCCGGCACCAUCAUGAACGCAAACGCGGAGCUCUGGAACGGCCGCUUCGCCAUGCUCGGCCUCGUCGCUCUGGCGGCGACCGAGAUCAUCACUGGCGCACCCUUCAUCAACGUGUAAAACUAGCUUUGUUGUCAACCGGAUAACACAACUUAUACAUAGCUAGUAGGACAUGUAAAUGAUGAGAACUGAUCAUCCUCUUAUUCUUUGCAGUAUAUACUAAUGGGAUAUAUAUAUUUUUUGUCCCUCAA